AUGAAGCUGAACCCGUUUGUAACAUCUUCCCGCCGCAAGAACCGUAAGAGGCACUUCAAUGCUCCCUCACACAUCAGGAGGAAGAUUAUGUCCUCCCCCUUGUCUAAGGAGCUCCGUCAGAAAUACAACGUGAGGUCAAUGCCUAUCCGCAAAGAUGACGAAGUCCAGGUUGUCCGUGGACACUACAAAGGCCAGCAGAUUGGCAAAGUGGUGCAGGUGUACAGGAAGAAAUACGUCAUCUACAUCGAGCGCGUUCAGAGAGAAAAGGCCAACGGAACCACAGUCCAUGUUGGCAUCCACCCCAGCAAGGUGGUCAUCACCAGGCUAAAGUUGGACAAGGACCGCAAAAAGAUCUUGGAGCGCAAGGCCAAGUCUCGCGCUGAUGGAAAGGAGAAGGGCAAAUACAAGGAGGAGACCAUUGAGAAAAUGCAGGAGUAA